AUGGGUGAUUUCCAAGGCCCCUUCAUAGUGUCCCCCCCUCCAGCACCCUCUUCCUCGGAUAAGUCCAGCACAACCAUGCUAUACUAUGGCCUAGUAGUGGUGGGGGUUGCAGCCAUUGCAUUAGCCCUAUACAACUUCAUCAUCAUCAGGAGAAGCAGGAGGCGCCACAUGCAAUCACAAGCUGAAGGGGCAAAUGGGGUGGUGGAGGUGGUGAUAGAAAGUAGGAUAGAGAACUGCCAAAUCAACUUCAACUUGGUCUCAAGCUUCAAGUACAAGAAAGGAGUUGUGGAUUAUGAUGACGAUGAUGAAUGCUCAGUUUGCUUAUCGGGUUUUGAAGAAGGGGAAGAAGUUCGUAAGCUGCCACAGUGCAAGCACUGGUUCCACGCUCCAUGCAUAGACAUGUGGCUCUACUCUCACUUGGAUUGCCCAAUUUGUCGAACACCUGUUGUGCGUUUCUCGCAGCACAAUUCUCGUCCUGCAUCACUGGAAUCCGGUGGUGAUGUCUCGGACCUGGCAUUGCGCUGGAAUUGUGACCACUCAGUCCUUCACACAACUUUCUCCACAAGGAACAGACACAGAGCUAAAGCACCCAACUUUGGAUACCUUGUUUCUGAUGUUACGUCACAAAAGAGGUUCAGAACUCCUCAUUUUGAUUUCUUCUCUUAA